CUGCACUGUUUAGCUUGUUUGUCCACCUCGAGAUUUAGCAAUUUGCCAAACACGAGUGUGUAAGAUUAAUACAGCAUAACGCAAAGGAUAUGCUCCCACUGAAUUAAAACACACGCCUCACAAAGAAACGUUGCUCCACAGAACAGGGCAGCCCCGGCGACAUGUCAGGAGUUAAAAGGAAAAUAGAAGGCAAUGACCCCGACUAUGAGGAUAUUUCGCUGGUCCAGAAUAGUAAGAGAAACAAAGCGGCGGAACAUAAUGCCCGUGAUGCUGCAGUACAGAAGAUUGAGACCAUCAUCAGAGAACAGUUUUCUUUGGAGAUGAAGAGCAAAGAGCAUGAGAUUGAUGUGAUAAGUCAGCGGCUCAAUGAAGCCAGGAGGAUGAUGGACAAACUGAGGGCAUGCAUCGUUGCCAAUUACUAUGCCAAUGCUGGGAUGACAAAGCUCCCAGAGCAUGCCUCUAAGAGUGACCCUGCAGUGCUGAACCAUCCAGCCAUCCGCCGGUUUCUGGAGUCCCCAUCCCGUUCUUCUUCCCCUCUCAACCAGGGCUCUGAGACUCCUUCUCUUGCCCACUCAGAGUCUGAGUCCCUCUCACAGCAAGGAGAGGGAGCUGAGAAGGAUGUAGAAGGAGCGUGGAGAGAGGACAGCAGCCGUCAGGAGCGCAGACCUGGACGUAAUACAGGCAAAGAUACUUUUGGAGUGCCAUCAUCUUUAGGAGCAGAUCAGAGGGUGACUUACCACACUACUGGAGAUGAAGCCUCUAGACUGUACGCAAAGAAGACAAUCGUAGUGGGGAAUGUAUCCAAGUACAUUCCCCCUGACAAGCGGGAAGAGAAUGAUCAGUCUACCCAUAAGUGGAUGGUGUAUGUUAGAGGCUCCAGGAGAGAACCGAGCAUAGACCACUUUGUAAAGAAAGUCUGGUUCUUCUUGCAUCCCAGCUACAAACCCAAUGACCUGGUGGAAGUCAGUGAGCCUCCCUUUCAUUUAACACGCCGUGGUUGGGGUGAGUUUCCUGUGAGGAUCCAGAUCCACUUCAAAGACCCUCGGAACAAACGUAUUGACAUCAUCCACCAGUUAAAGCUGGAUAGAACGUACACUGGGCUGCAGACACUGGGGGCAGAAACUGUGGUUGAUGUGGAGCUCUAUAGGAACUCUUUUGGGGACGACUACAUCCCUCAGCCUUCCUCGUCCAAGGUGACCCCCAGAGCGGCCAGCCCUGUGUCGGCCACCUCCCAAGCCCAAAGUUAUGGACGCUCCAGUUCACCCAUGUCACAUGAAUCCAGCGUAGACAAAGGUCUCAUCAAAGCAGAGGUGGGGAGAUGUACAGGGGGCCAUAGCUCAGGCCUCACUGCUGGUGAACGUACCCCAACCCGACCCAAAUCUGGUGACAGGAUCACCCUGGGUUCCCAUGGUAACUCUGCCUUCCAGCCCAUCACAGCGAGCUGUAAGAUUGUCCCACAAGGACAGCCACCCAGUCCUGCAGAGUCUCCCGGGAAAUCGUUCCAGCCAAUCACCAUGAGCUGCAAAAUAGUUUCAGGGUCUCCGAUCUCCACCCCGAGCCACUCCCCGCUGCCUCGCACGCCCACCACCUCCACCCCUGUCCACGGCAAGCAGAGCUCGUCAGUGCUCAACAACCCAUAUAUCAUUGUUGACAAGCCAGGCCAGGUGAUCGGCAUGGCUUCUUCAUCCUCCGCCUCCACAGGAAGCCCCUCCGCCAAACAGUCUGCUGCUCAAGGUGCUCGCUCUCCAGCCCCGAAAGUUCACACCGGCACCUUCCUCUCCUCAGGGGUGAAGGUUAUUAUCAAGCAAGAGCCGGGAGAAGUUUCAACACAGCAGCAGCCGAUGGUUUCCACAGUAACCAGCCAGCAGCAACCUGCCGCUACAGCAGCACACCAGUUUGUCGCAGUGAAGGGAGGUCACAUGAUCUCUGUGUCGGCCCAGAAACAGGCAGGAGGGGCCACAGGGGCCACGACUGGCAAGAUGUUAGGUAUUCCUGUUAGCUCAACACUUCAGUCCGCUGUCAAACAGGUGGCUAUCAGCAGUGGACAGAUUCUGGUCGCCAAGGGCAACCCCUCCGUCUCCAAGGUGAUGGGAGGGAAGCAGGUUUUGGCUCAGGGAGUCGCUAAAGCCAUCGUCAGUGGAGCCAGUGGCAUCUCUGGUCAGCAAGCUGCUGCCAAGGCGGCUGGUGGUUCAGGUGGCAAGAGUGGAGUGAUGGCUACUCUUCAGCUGCCAGCCAACAACCUAGCCAAUCUGGCCAAUUUGCCUCCAGGCACCAAGCUCUACCUGACCACCAACAGUAAGAACCCGUCAGGAAAGGGAAAGCUGCUUCUCAUCCCACAGGGAGCUAUCCUCCGAGCCUCCAGCGCAAGUCAGCAGUCCCAGAGCAGCUCGUCAGCAGGCGCUGGGGGCUCUCAGACCUCCUCCUCCUCCUCCUCUUCCUCUUCGAGCAGUCUGCCUUCCAACCUCUCCUACACGUCCUAUAUCCUGAAACAGACCCCACAGGGUACAUUUCUGGUUGGUCAGCCAGCGCAGGGUUCAGGGAAGCAGGGGGGCUCCAGUUCAGCUGCAUCAUCUCCAGCAGCUGUUACCCAGCAGGCCAUCCGUGUAACAGCUGGACAGAAGGCGGCCAUUCUGGCUCAGGUGGUGGGCGGCUCCCAGGGUGCACAGGUGAAGUUGUCGGACGGCUCUGUAAAGACUGUAACAGCGGCGGCAGCGGGCCACUUGUCCAAGCCGGGGACGACCACAUUGAGGAUGACCGGUGGAGUCAUCACUGCUGCGAGCUCCACCCCCAGCUCUGUCAGUGCUGCAGCAGCAGGCAGCCAACAACAGGCCGCCGAUGGUGGGAAGCCUGCCUCUCAGCACCACUCGCUCCUGGUGGCAGCGAACCAAGCAGCAGUAAUCAGCGCAGCUAAGAGCGCCAGUGCUGCUGCUGCUGCUGCUGGCGGCAGCCUGUCGAAGACCGCCGUGGCCACUUUGGUCAAGGGUGCCGGCAACCCUGCCACAAUGACAAAGAGCGCUGCCGGUUCAACGGGAGCUGUGGUAACAGUUGCCAAAAGCAUUGCCAAUAUGCCUGUCAUCAGCAUGUCCAAGGGUGCAGGUGUGGGGACCGUGGUGGGUGUGCCCAAAAGCAGUGGCACGUCAUUGGUCACCGCAGCCUCAUUAGUCAGCGGUAUGGCAGCUGGAGGGGGGAAGACUGGUGCAACUCUCUCAGGUAUGCUUAAGAUCCACUCUGGAGGUUCCAGUUCACAGCAAACAGUCUUAACCAUCCCUGCCAACCAGCUUAAGCAGCUGGGGGUUGGCACUGGGUCUGGAGGACUGCAGACCAUACUCAUGCCUGUCGGGAAAGUAGUGUCUAAAGGCCCAGUCUCCACUACUCCCUCCUCUUCCUCCACCUCUUCCACCACCCCCGGAGCAGCUGGAGCUGGAGCCUCCCCAAGUCCAGCCAUCCAGGCCUCCCCCUCCCUUGCCCUGCCUCUGGCACAAGUGAAGACAGAGCCAGGUGCUGGGACAGCUGUCACAGCUGGUCCAUCACCCCCGGUGACUGCUCCUGUCCCCACCUCCACCCAUGUUCCCUCUGCAGCUACCACCGUCAAGCAGGAACAAGUGGCAAAUAACUCUACGCACGACCUCAUCAACACUGAACACAUAGAGACCAUGAUGCAGCUGCUGACAGCUGUGGUGAAGAAGUUCCCUCUGAUUGUGCCAGAUAAGACUGAAGACUCCCAUCCAUUCUGUGCCUCCUCGACAGAACAGUAUUAUUCCUGGAAUAUUGGCAAGCGCAGAGCAUCAGAGCUUCAGCGAGCAGUGGCGGUGAAGCGGGUUGUCCAGGACGUGUUGGACCAUUCGCCCCGCCUGCAGGCCCUCACCCCGCCGAAGACGAGAGAGGUGGUGCAGUGGUGUCGGCAGAGGGGCUACACGCCACCCGACCCCGAGCCCCAACGCAAGAACGACGACGAGUCCAUCGAGGACAUCCUCACACAGAUAGAUAACGAGCCUGAGUGCCCGUCGACCCUGAGUAGCUACGACGAGCUGGUGCUGCGGCUGGAGCAGAUGCAAGCUCUGCUGAAGACUGAACCGGAGGAGGCAGAUGACGAAAUAGUCGACAUCGUCACCGUGACCCCGGCCUGCCAGAAACUAAAGGUCAAAGAGGAAGAGCAAGAAGCUGACGCCGAGCCCAAGUUCUUCCUGGGCCCCUGCGUGUCCACCCAGUUUGUCAGUGAAACAGCUCAGCAGAUCGGGGUAACCUUCCAGCCGGUCGAGGUGGAGAAGAAUGUGUUCGCUCCGGUAGUCGAAGCCAUGAUUCUGAAGGCUACAGAGCAGUUUGCCAGUGACAUCCUGAGAGAAGCUCUGGCUGGGGCCUACGCCAAAUCCCCUCAGAACAGGGCUCCAAGAGAGAUCACAGCCAUGAACAUCCACCAGGCGGUCAGUAGCAUCCCCACCUGUGAUUUUCUCACCAACACACACAUGGGUUACCUGGCUAAGGACAACUGAGGACAACAAGACUGACAGUGGCUGGUAACCGACACCUGCAGAGAUGUGAGGACUGUCUGAACUGCUGGUAAUGACAGAGAGACUGUGACAGCUCCACUGUGUGAAUAUUCACACCUGGAUGUGGCCCCGUUGCCUCAGGUUGUGCAGUAAUAGCUAAUGUACUGUAUUCAUUAACGCGAUCAUAGAAGGGCUCAGCUUGCUUCUCACAGCAGCAGAAUAACAAACGUUUCUAAUACUGCGGGUAUAGUGUAACAUUUCCCCAGGGCCCCAGGGCGUCGACAGAAGCGGCAUUAUGGGAAUGGCGUUAUUUGAUUUUGAGAGGCUGUUGCGCUCUCGCUUACCUCAUAACAAGAUUAUUUUAAUGAUGAAGUGUUUCCUGCCAGACAGCUGACCGGUCAUCGGGGGAAAUAAAGCCUGAGUGACUUACAGGGCUAAACAACAACAUCCGACAGCUGUCCCCUCCUUCAUUCUUCAUCCUGCUGUCACGUCCCCUGAACUGGGAACAAGAUUCAGUUUACCAGCAGAUGCUGGAAACACUAAUGAACAUCUGAGUUGUCAGCAUUCUCUAUCAGUCACAGUGAUAGCAAUGUCUGAUGGGUACUCUGGGCAACGCAAACAGAGAGAUUCUUUUAAAAGAAAAAAAAAAAGUGGCAUUGCCAUGGCAACCAAUUGUCCGUCAUUACGAACAUCCUUUGAUGUAUUUCAGCGUUACCUGGCAGAGGUACAGAUGAAUGCAAUCAUAACACAAACAUGCAGGAAGUGACUGUUUUCUAAGGCUCUUCAGAAGAGAUUCGUGUUUCCUAUUUUUAAUGUCACAAAUCCCACGUCAGGAAAUAGGUAAGAGUCUGAUGAACCAAUCAUUGUGUUGUUAUGAGUUCAAGACACCUGUCUCAAUAUUUAGUCUCCUUCAUAAACCAGCUCUGACAGCCUGUUGAAGUGCUUUUAUGUGUUCAGUUUAACAGCCGUAAUAUAUCUAUCAUGUAAUAUACACAGUGUAUAUAACCAGUAAGAAAUAGAUGGUGUUGUCAAAUCCUGUUUUAUUUUUGUAUCUAAUAUCAACACCUCCGAGCAGCAACGCCCUAACAAUGUGUGUGUGUGCGUGUGUGAAUGUGUGAAUAAGUGAGUUAAUGAAUUUGACGGUGAGUGUUCAUGUGUGUUUUGUUGGCUGAUGUUUUGCUGGUAAUUCUGUUUAAUGUGGAGCUUUUGUUAAUGUGUGGAUGACUGGAGAAGUGGUAGUGUUUGGGCUGAGUAGUUGUGAUGCCUGUCUAACCAAAUUUGUGUACAAGAUACCCAAACUUUGUAUUUUCACGUUUCAGUGCAAACCAAAAAAUAUAAUCAAUAUUCUUGUA